UGCUGGGAUCGGGCUGCGCCGUGUUAUGGCCCUGUACCACACCGAGGAGCGCGGCCAGCCUUGCUCACAGAAUUAUCGCCUCUUCUUCAAGAAUGUAACUGGUCACUACAUUUCCCCCUUUCAUGACAUUCCUCUGAAAGUGAACUCUAAAGAGGAAAAUGGCAUUCCUACGAAGAAAGCACGAAAUGAUGAAUAUGAGACUCUGUUUAAUAUGAUUGUAGAAAUACCUCGGUGGACAAAUGCUAAAACGGAGAUUGCCACCAAAGAGCCACUGAAUCCCAUUAAACAAUGUGUAAAGGAUGGAAAACUAUGCUAUGUGGCGAAUAUCUUCCCUUACAAGGCUUAUGUAUGGAAUUAUGGUACCCUCCCUCAGACUUGGGAAGAUCCCCCUGAAAAAGAUAAGAGCACGAACUGCUUUGGAGAUAAUGAUCCUAUUGAUGUUUGUGAAAUAGGCUCAAAGAUUCUUUCUUGUGGAGAAGUUUUUCAUGUGAAGAUCCUCGGAAUCUUGGCUCUUAUUGAUGAAGGUGAAACAGAUUGGAAAUUAAUUGCUAUCAAUGUGAAUGAUCCUGAUGCCUCAAAGUUUCAUGAUGGGGAUAACUCUGAUCACUGUGUUGUGAAAUGCGAGGCCAUUGUACCAUGGGACAUGAUUUUCUCUGAGGCAGUGGCAGAUGGGACUAUUGGCAAGUUUACAUCUAUAACUGAUAGUAUUAUUUUUCUUUGCACUUACAGUACGGCCAAGUACAGCGUGUUGACAUUUCUACCUCGAUUCUUGUACGAGCAGAUUAGAAGAGCUGCUAAUGCCUUCUUUCUCUUCAUUGCCUUAUUACAGCAAAUUCCAGAUGUAUCUCCAACAGGAAGAUAUACCACCCUGGUGCCAUUGAUCAUUAUUUUAACAAUUGCAGGCAUCAAAGAGAUUGUAGAAGAUUUUAAGCGACACAAGGCAGACAAUGCAGUUAACAAAAAGAAAACCAUAGUGUUAAGAAAUGGUGUGUGGCAUACCAUUGUGUGGAAAGAGGUGGCAGUGGGAGACAUUGUGAAGGUCGUCAAUGGGCAGUAUCUUCCAGCAGAUGUGGUCCUGCUGUCCUCCAGUGAACCUCAGGCAAUGUGUUAUGUUGAAACAGCUAAUCUGGAUGGGGAGACGAACCUUAAAAUACGUCAGGGUUUGAGUCACACUGCUGACAUGCAAACACGUGAAGUUCUGAUGAAGUUAUCUGGAACUAUAGAGUGUGAAGGGCCCAAUCGCCACCUCUAUGACUUCACUGGAAACUUGAACUUAGAUGGGAAAAGCCUUGUUGCCCUGGGGCCUGACCAGAUCUUAUUAAGAGGUACGCAGCUUAGAAAUACUCAGUGGGUCUUUGGCAUAGUUGUUUAUACUGGACACGACACCAAACUCAUGCAGAAUUCAACCAAAGCGCCUCUCAAGAGAUCAAACGUGGAGAAGGUGACUAACGUACAGAUCCUGGUGUUGUUUGGUAUCCUGUUGGUCAUGGCCUUGGUGAGCUCGGCGGGGGCCCUGUACUGGAACAGGUCUCACGGCGAAAAGAACUGGUACAUCAAGAAGAUGGACACCACCUCAGAUAAUUUUGGGUACAACCUGCUGACAUUCAUCAUUUUAUACAACAAUCUUAUUCCCAUCAGUCUGUUGGUGACUCUUGAGGUUGUGAAGUAUACUCAAGCCCUUUUCAUCAACUGGGACACAGAUAUGUAUUAUAUAGGAAACGAUACUCCUGCCAUGGCCAGGACAUCAAACCUUAAUGAAGAGCUUGGGCAGGUGAAAUAUCUCUUUUCUGACAAGACUGGAACGCUUACGUGCAAUAUCAUGAACUUCAAGAAGUGCAGCAUUGCCGGAGUAACCUAUGGUCACUUCCCAGAAUUGGCAAGAGAGCCGUCCUCAGAUGACUUCUGUCGGAUGCCUCCUCCCUGUAGUGAUUCCUGUGACUUUGAUGACCCCAGGCUGUUGAAGAACAUUGAGGAUCGCCAUCCCACAGCCCCUUGCAUUCAGGAGUUCCUCACCCUUCUGGCCGUGUGCCACACGGUUGUUCCUGAGAAGGAUGGAGAUAACAUCAUCUACCAGGCCUCAUCCCCAGAUGAAGCUGCUUUGGUGAAAGGAGCUAAAAAGCUGGGCUUUGUCUUCACAGCCAGAACGCCGUUCUCAGUCAUCAUAGAAGCGAUGGGACAGGAACAAACGUUCGGAAUCCUUAAUGUCCUGGAAUUUUCUAGUGACAGAAAAAGAAUGUCUGUAAUUGUCCGAACUCCUUCAGGACGACUUCGACUCUACUGCAAAGGGGCUGAUAAUGUAAUUUUUGAGAGACUUUCAAAAGACUCAAAAUAUAUGGAGGAAACAUUAUGCCAUCUGGAAUACUUUGCCACGGAAGGCUUGCGGACUCUCUGUGUGGCUUAUGCUGAUCUCUCUGAGAAUGAGUAUGAGGAGUGGCUGAAAGUCUAUCAGGAAGCCAGCACCAUAUUGAAGGACAGAGCUCAACGGUUGGAAGAGUGUUACGAGAUCAUUGAGAAGAAUUUACUGCUACUUGGAGCCACAGCCAUAGAAGAUCGCCUUCAAGCAGGAGUUCCAGAAACCAUCGCAACUCUGUUGAAGGCAGAAAUUAAAAUAUGGGUGUUGACAGGAGACAAACAAGAAACUGCGAUUAAUAUAGGGUAUUCCUGCCGAUUGGUAUCGCAGAAUAUGGCCCUCAUCCUAUUGAAGGAGGACUCUUUGGAUGCCACAAGGGCAGCCAUUACUCAGCACUGCACUGACCUUGGGAAUUUGCUGGGGAAGGAAAAUGACGUGGCCCUCAUCAUCGAUGGCCACACCCUGAAGUACGCGCUGUCCUUCGAAGUCCGGAGGAGUUUCCUGGAUUUGGCACUCUCGUGCAAAGCGGUCAUAUGCUGCAGAGUGUCUCCUCUGCAGAAGUCUGAGAUAGUGGAUGUGGUGAAGAAGCGGGUGAAGGCCAUCACCCUCGCCAUCGGAGACGGCGCCAACGAUGUCGGGAUGAUCCAGACAGCCCACGUGGGUGUGGGAAUCAGUGGGAAUGAAGGCAUGCAGGCCACCAACAACUCGGAUUACGCCAUCGCACAGUUUUCCUACUUAGAGAAGCUUCUGUUGGUUCAUGGAGCCUGGAGCUACAACCGGGUGACCAAGUGCAUCUUGUACUGCUUCUAUAAGAACGUGGUCCUGUAUAUUAUUGAGCUUUGGUUCGCCUUUGUUAAUGGAUUUUCUGGGCAGAUUUUAUUUGAACGUUGGUGCAUCGGCCUGUACAAUGUGAUUUUCACCGCUUUGCCGCCCUUCACUCUGGGAAUCUUUGAGAGGUCUUGCACUCAGGAGAGCAUGCUCAGGUUUCCCCAGCUCUACAAAAUCACCCAGAACGGCGAAGGCUUCAACACAAAGGUUUUCUGGGGUCACUGCAUCAACGCCUUGGUCCACUCCCUCAUCCUCUUCUGGUUUCCCAUGAAAGCUCUGGAGCAUGAUACUGUGUUGACCAGUGGUCAUGCCACCGACUAUUUAUUUGUUGGAAAUAUUGUUUACACAUAUGUUGUCGUUACUGUUUGUCUGAAAGCUGGCUUGGAGACCACAGCUUGGACUAAAUUCAGUCAUCUGGCUGUCUGGGGAAGCAUGCUGACCUGGCUGGUGUUUUUUGGCAUCUACUCCACCAUCUGGCCCACCAUUCCCAUUGCUCCGGAUAUGAGAGGACAGGCAACUAUGGUCCUGAGCUCCGCACACUUCUGGUUGGGAUUAUUUCUGGUUUUUACUGCCUGUUUGAUUGAAGAUGUGGCGUGGAGAGCAGCCAAGCACACCUGCAAAAAGACAUUGCUGGAGGAGGUGCAGGAGCUGGAAACCAAGUCUCGAGUCCUGGGAAAAGCGGUGCUGCGGGAUAGCAAUGGAAAGAGAUUUUAGGAAAGGGAUGAUGGCAUAGAAGAAAAUGGGAAGAAGUGUCCUCCAUUGCUUCCCAGAGGCAGAUCAGUUCAGUCGGGGAGUCCUUAUGGGUAUGCUUUUUCUCAAGAAGAACACGGAGCUGUGAGUCAGGAAGAAGUCAUCCGUGCUUAUGACACCACCAAAAAGAAAUGCAGGAAGAAGUAAGACUUGAAUUUUCCUGACUGAUCUUAGGAAAGAGAUUCAGUUUGUUGCACCCAGUGUUAACACAUCUUUGUCAGAAAAGACUGGCGUCCGCAGCCAAAACACCAGAAAACACAUUUCUGUGGCCUUAGCCAAGCAGUUUGUUAGUUACAUAUUCCCUCGCAAACCUGCAAACCUGGAGUGUAGACCGCAGGGGAAGCUAUCUUUGCCCUCCCAACUUGUCUGCAGCGCUUAGCCUAACUUUUGUUUACGUCGUUAUGAAGCAGUCAACUGUGCUCUGUGAGGUGUGAAAUUAAAAACAUUAUGUUUCACCAGUAUUUAAACAUCAGUACUAGUUGUCCUGGGAGAAAGGGAAAGUUUUAUGUUGCGUGAGAAGCCCGUCUUGUGUAAUUGGAGCAGGGCACACUUGCUUCCUGUUUGGUUAACUCACAGAUUACAUCCAGCGGGCCACAUGCAGACUUCACUGCAGGCAGGUUGCUCUCCUGCUUUGAUUCCUGUUUUGUUUGUGUAAAGUUGGCAUAAACUUCUUGAUUGCAGUGAAAUCACAAAAUUCUAUGUCGGGGUAGUCAACCUGAGAAGAUUUAUUUGAACCUCUUAGCCACAUUUCCAGCAGGGCAAACCGACUGAUGCCCUGGCAGAGUCUUCCGCACCCUCUCCAGGUGCACUCGGCCCAGUCCCGCCGCCGUGUCCAGGCGUCCCUCACCCCCACACCUGCUGCAUGGCUGGCCACGGCGCUCAGUGCAUGGCGGCUGGUGGGCAGCCAACCCAAACCUGCGCCUUUCCUUGUUCCGCUGCAGACUCGGAAACAGAUGCGAAAAAUUCCUUCUUCCGCCGCCCUUUUUGUUCUGUAAAGAAAGAAAAGGAGCAUCGCCUUUCCGCAUAUAUUCUAAAUGUCCCUGCCUCUGUCUGACAUGGGGCCACCCCACAGGUCAGAGUGGUGGUAGAACCCCUUCAGCACUCCCAGCCGUGGUCAGGCUCUGAAUACUCCCUUCCCAACAGCCAGACUGCUGGGUCUUUGGCAUCCACUUACGUUAGAACACAUGCUUCUUUCAGAGCACAUUUUGGACUUUCACUGUUGGGAAAUGAAUGAAUUUAUAACAUGCCCGUGCAGCGAAGGAACACACCUGUCGCUCUUAGGUCUAGAGUCAGAGGAUGAGUAAACCCAGAUGCGAGAGUAUAGGACAUUGAGCGGGGAGAACAAGACAACCACAGGAGUCCUCAGAAGCAGAAGGAAGGGCACGGAAGACACUGAGAGGAGGACACGGAGGAAUCGCCACCAGAUCUCCGCAGUAGAAACUCUGAAACGAACCCUGAGACCCAGACAGUUGUCAUGAUCAGCCCAGUGUGUAUGAGAGCUUAAACAAGCGCUUCACACGCAGUUUUAAUUGAAAAGAAUUCCAAACAUUUCAGGGAAGCACCUUUUUUUAAAUACACCGACAUGGUUUCCUUUCUGUAUCCCAUCAGUGUUAGACACAGGUACCCAUCAGAAUACGGCAUAUCCCGAAUUCUGAGACAAGGAAGCAAAGUGCUGAAUCACUGAUUUUCCCAACUGCAGAGUCCCACACUCUAAAUCUUAACCAAACCUAGAUGCCUUCAGGCGUGAAUGUGAGCAUCUGGAGCCCUUCCUAAACAACCUGCCUGGACCCUGUUCUCUGCUCUGGUUGCCAGGCCAGAUUUUUGGAUGGCCUGAAUACUUCUGGGCAGCUGUUACUGGUGAAAAUGGGAGUUCAGAGCACGUUUUGGAUCUUCACUGUUGGGAAAUGAAUGAAUUUCUAACAUGCCUGUGCAGCGAAGGAGCACACCUGUCGCUCUUAGCUCUAGAGUCAGAGGAUGAGUAAACCCCGUGGGGAUGAUUGUGCUAAAUUAGGAAAUAGCACAUUAGUGCACUUUGCUUCCUAACCCUUUAUUUUCAGAAAUCUACAACUUACUGGGCAUGGAAAUAAUUUAAAACAUGAUUUGCAUUGACUAAGAAAACAAAUCCUCACUUAGGAGGUGACCAGGAUGCAGAGAGGGCCUGAGGGGCAGCAGAACAAUGCAAUUCACAGGUGAGGCUCCCAAAAGGGCCAUUCCUUUCUCCCCAAGGUGCAUAAAACAUUUUUGAAUACUGGAGUGCCCAGUGAGACUGAAGGAUUGUCAUGCAGGAACUGUAACACAAAAUGUGCCUAUGACUAACACGACAAACCAAGGUGUAUGGUUUUUUUUUUUAACACACCCAGAAAGGUGAUGGCCAAAACACAGAGGAGAAACAAAAACUGGAAUUGAAUGCGCAUUAGGCAUCGUAACUAUUAAUAUUUUGUUUUAUUUGGGAAAUAAGCCUAUUUGGAAAGAGUGGAUUAGAAAUUCAGUUCUUUGUCAAACAGUUAGCUCUGUCUUGAACUUGAAGCCUUCCAAAUCAGAAUUAUGAAUUUGUGUGUUUGUGUUUGUUUGGGGUUUUUGUUUUUAUUUCUUACAUUAGAGUUCAUAUUUUCUGGGAUUUAAAUUACAGGUGUAUUUUCCUAUUCUCUUGAGAAGUAGACUAAACAAUCUUUGCAAUGAUGGCGGGUGCACACAGAAGAAAACAUUAGAAGACAUUACUUUCUAUCCUCUCAUGUGGUUGAGCAUUCUUACAGCCAGAUGACUAAAUUGGGUUUCUAGGAGGAGCAGCUGUCACUACAUGUGAUAUAUAAUGUUUAGCCAGGGCCAACUCAGGGGCUGUGUCAUUUGUCCUAUCUUCAAAUUGAGGUCAGAGUGUCACACACAACCCCUUCCCUGGGGCAGGGUGGACUGGACUAGGUUGCAUACGCUGGCUGUCAGCUCAGCGAAAAAGCCACAUGGGGCUUGUCACUCUGCCACACACUAACUGACUCACAGGCUGGCAGGUCACACUCGGUUAGCGCUCCAGGGCCUGACUCUGGAUUGAGCUAAACUGGCAGAAUCCACUUAGGCCAACCCUUGGUCUACUGCUGUACACAGCCCGGUCCUGUGUUGAGUCUCUCUUGUCUUGGAUGACCCUGCAAAAGGAAGAGACCAGUUAUGCUCUGGGCUUAGUUCUGGGUUUCCACUGCACAUGGACACGUGCCAGCAAGGGUAGCUGUGGAAAACACGUAUCAGGAGAGCAGGGUUGUCUGGUUUAAUACUCCGUACUGAUCAGAACGGGCUCGCUCAUAAUUUAGGAGUGGAGCUGAUGGGUCUGUCCUGCCUCAGUGCAGAAUAUUCCAGGCUGCUUGACCACGGUUAUGGCCGCCCACCUCCCAACACACACGCGCACAUGAAGACAAAAACGUGGUAACUCUUUUGGUUCUGUACACCGUACAAAACGUGCUUUGGAGCAAGGAGUGCUGUUUCUUUAACACUUGUAGAGGACUAUCCUGAGAAGUGAACCUGGGCUUUCGGAGAGCUCAGCUGAGAAUUCGGUUGACAUUUUCUUUCCCUUGACAAGGCUUCAGGUCUGUCUGACUAUGGGGAGCUGGCUGUGAAAAUCGGUAAUAACUUGUCAAGAAGUGGUGAAAAGGGGGGAAAAGUGAGUCUAGGUAACUAAUGUCUUAUAAUGCAUAUAUAAGUAAAUAUUGCAGGCUUUAAGAUUGAAUUUUGUAAAAAGAAAGCUGUCGUCUAUAAUUUCCAUUUGUUAUAAUAAUGACCUUUAAUCUUGUUGUUUGGAACCAUAAAGCAUUUUUAUCAGGUACUUCUGUUCCAAGGGAUUUAUGUCUUAGACUAUAGCUGAAUUGAAUGUUUGCAAAACUCUGCUAUAGGAUAAGGUGGUCUUUAGUUUUGAACGUGUGAAAAGACUGCACACUCUUCAACCAGGGUUUGAGUUACUGCCCAGGGUCAUUGUCUCAAAGUAAUUCAAGGAGUGAUUUAACUUCAGCAUUUGAAAUGUAGCCUUUAUCUCCUGGGAUCCAUAAAAAAAUGUGAACAGGGAAAUGGUGGCUGAGCAGAGCCUGAAAUAAUAACUUGGCAAAGAAAUGCGUUUAUCAGAUCGAGUCAAAACAUGGCAUCCCCUGUUACAUUCAAGAAAUGCUUUCUUCAUGUAAAUGUUUACACGGACGUAUAUAAUAACGAUGGGGACAGUUAAAACCCCCUCCCUUCAAAAAAAGGAAAUCUACAUCAGUUGGGUUUGUUGUUGGUUCUUCAUUGGCUCAAGGCAGUUAACCGGCUCAUAAUAGCCUUGGGGGAGAUUAUUUAACCUCAUUCUAGCCAUUUUUCCAUCUCGAAGGCCAAGAAGGACUAUUAGAAGGGUUUUGGAUGGGUUUCGGAGGUGAGGGCCCAAGACCCCCAUAAUGACAUCAUUAGGUAUCCUUGAAAGGACCAGACCAGCAUGCUCGAUGUGUUGUACCCUUCAUUUAUUUAUUUUUUCUCAGUAUCCCAAGUUGUCCAUCAGUACAUUCCCCUUCACCUUACCUGAUGUUCACUUAAUGCCCAGUCUGUAACUAAUGUUCUGUUUAAAGCUCUCUUAAUUUGUUGGCUAUGAGUGAUUUGUGAAUCCGGGAUGUAACCCUGAGUGAGGAGAAAAGAGCAUUGAGCCAACAUAAAUCUUAACAGGCAGAAGCCACAAACAAAUGGGAGCAGAAAAGAAGGGCGAGCUCCCCGCACCGCGCCCCUUGUAUAAUCCAGUGUUAACCUCCGAGGAACACCUCGGCUCUCCCGACCGAGGACGGACAAAAGAGGGAUUCUUUUUACACCCAGGCUGGCGCGUUUUCAAGUGACAGUCUCUGGCUCUAGUUGCCUUUGAGAUAUCCACUCUGCUCUUUCUCCCAGGCCUCAGACCAAGAAAAACAUGCUCUCAAGAUUAGCCCAUAGGCAGUUCUUGUGACCUGGCUGAAGAAAGAAAGGAGACCUGUUUGUUUUAAAAGUCAGGCGCAAAGUGUCAGGUAGCUUUGAUUUACGACAGAAAGAGGAAGAAGAAAGUUGGAGUAAUAGCACUGUCCAAAUAACCCUGCCCAGGAAACUUGGGGGUCAAGAGAGCUUAUCAAGAGCCUUUUAUAGGUAAGCUCUUCCGUGUGAAAGAGAAAAGGCCGGAAAGAGGGAGAGAGCCCAGAGAGCCGGCUGUGAACUCACUUCCAAUGGGAUUGGAGUCUGUUGCAUUCCUAGAGAUAGCCUGAUAUAUGGUUUAUAGCUGAAUCAAUAAACACCACCAAAAAAAAAAAAAAGGG